AUGGGCGUAGGAAUGCAGGCACUGGAGCAGCAGGUUCAGCUCUUUGGCGAGCUCACCUCGCUGACGGAGCGCGGGAGCUUGAGCGAUGCCGAGGCGCUCUGCUUGUACAACUGUUUUGCGCGGACGCAGGACACGUUCAACACGGUCGGCGAGUAUGUCCAGAGCGAGGCGCAGCGUAUGGCCGCAGAGAACCAGUGA